AUGUUAAACACUGGAACACCAAUGUUAAUAUGUAGAACACUGUUACGCGUUCCAGAAUGUACAUCAAAAAGCCAUUCAUACUGUUUCAUAUGCAAAAAGCCUGGACCAAAGCUAAUUGUUGUUCCUUCGCAAGCAAGAUUUUCUACCUUUCUUAAAAAAGAGGUUAUAAUUCCUGCAGGAUGUCGUUGUUGUCCGGGACAUUUGACGGAAGAUACUUUUACAGAAGAUGCAAUUAGUAAAAUAAACUGUACAAAUGAUAAUGUCAUCCUUAACAGAUCUACAAUUAUGGAUCUUUUGAAGAAGUUAAGAUACACAGCCUUACAAAAUGAACAAUCAAGAAUUGACUUUGAUACAGAUAAAGUUUUAUCUGACUCUGACUUUAUCAAUUUAACCGGUAUAAAUAAGGACAACUUCAAUGAUCUUCAUUCCUACAUCAAAACUUUAGUAAGAAAUACACCUACACGAAGCACCAGAACUUCUCUUGGAAUUUUCCUUUUUAAAUUAAAGUCGGGAAUUUCAAAUAAAGUGCUAUCUACAAUUUUCAACAUAUCAAGAUCAAGUUUACGCCGAGCCAUUUCAUGUGUCAGACAAGCUUUAGUUCAGAAUUUCGUACCUCAAAAUUUGGGUUUUAAACACAUCAGCCAUGAUGAUGUCGUUAAUCAGCACACACGACCACUAGCUCAGACUUUAUUUGGGGAUGGAACAAACACACAGGCUAUAUUAGUGCUGGAUGGCACGUACAUCAAUAUCCAGAAAAGUGGAAACUUUCAUUUUCAAAGAAGGUCAUAUAGCUUACAUAAGGGACGACCGCUGGUUAAACCAAUGGUAGUUGUUACUACCACAGGGUACUUUGUGACUGUUUUGGGACCAUACUUUGCCGACUGCAAAAAUAAUGAUGCGGCAAUCCUCAAACAUAUGUUAAACACAAAUGUAGAAGAUAUCAAAGAAUGGGUGCAAGACAAUGAUGUGUUUGUAGUUGAUAGAGGAUUCAGGGACUCAUUGGAGCUUCUUGAUGAUUUGGGGAUAAAGUCACAGAUGCCAAGUAUUUUAACGAAAGGUCAAAAACAGAUGACAACAGAUGAAGCCAAUGCAAGCAGAUUAGUUAUACUAAGGUUUGUCCGAUGGGUAGUAGAGUCUGCUAAUGCAAGAAUCAAGAGAUGGAAGUAUCUGAGCCAUGUUUUACCAAAUAAACAAGUUCCAUAUAUCGGAGAUUAUGUUUGCAUUGUAUGUGGAAUAUCAAAUAAAUAUUUGCCGCCGUUGUCUCCAGGAUGUGAUAAUGAAGAAGCAUUGGCAGCAAAAAUGCUCUAUCUGUCUAAAAGAGUAAAUACACUGAAACAGAGGGUAGAAGAAGAAAAUUUGGAGAGGCGUAAAACAAUUUGGAAAGAGCCUGAUAAUAUUUUAGAUGAUUUUCCACUUCUUGAUGAAGAAGAUCUUAGAAACAUAACUUGCGGUGUCUAUCAAAUAAAGCUUAGCACUAGUUACAUUCAGGAACAUCUAGAAGGCAAUUGUCAAAUUCUUGUUCAUAAAGAGGAUGACCAUUUGAUACGUGUGAAACUUCAGAGCCGUCAUGUUUCUUCAAAAACCUACAUCUUGUGGAUAGAAUACACAUCUGCUGAAAUUACUGCAUGGUACUGUAAAUGCAGAGCAGGAGCUCGUGUCGUUGGAGUAUGUGCCCAUAUUGCCUCAAUACUCUGGUAUCUUGGUUAUGCAAGGCAUAAUCAGAAUAUAUCUUAUGGAGUCCAGAAUUGGGGAGCAUAUCUAGAAGAUGCAGCAUCUAUUCCACAAGCCGUAGACGAAAGUGACAGUGAGGAGAGUGUCAUUGAAGAAUAGAAUACUGUAUCAAUCCUUGUUAGGUCUCUGUCUCCUUGACUUUAUCUUAGUAUUCCACACACACUAUUUGAACACAUUGUACUGGAUUUUUAAUUUUCAAGUAAGCAAGGUUUUUCAAAAAUUCUAAAGUAUUUUAUUGUUGAAUAUAACAUAUUCAUCAGACAUUUUCAAGAAGACAAACUAUAGAAUAAAAUAAUAGAUUAUGUAUAUUGAUUGUACUUAUUUAUAGUUUUGAUUAAUACAUAACUUUAAUUGACCUAGCUUACAUUAUCAUCAGCUCUAUAGUUAAAACAAGUAAAGCCGAAAAAUAAACUUAUCCGCUUUUGACAACUAGAAGUGAGAAUUUUGUCAAUUUUAAUUUUUAAAUAUUCUUUUAAGAACAAUUACAAGAUAAAAACCUUGGGGAAAAUAUUAAACGUAUCCACUGAACAAUUGAAAUAUAUUCUUAUUAAUUUAAGAGUUGUGCACAUUUUUACGCACUUAAGGUACAAUUAUAGAGAUAGCAUAAAUUAUAAAUAUUUUCGUGUGUCAGUAGUCGUUCGUGUAUAAAUAGCAGUUUUAAAAUGAAACUAUCGAUCAUACAUAUUUUUAUUCUGAAUGUUGAUUUGAGAGUCGGCAGGUAAAUCUGUCAAAUUGAGCGUGGUGUUUAUGGGUGCAAGUGUGGUACAUUUGUGUAUUAUGUGUUAUAUGAUUAUAUCAUAUGGAAUUAUAUGUAAUGUCUAUACGAAUUGCUUUCAUUCUUUAUUUUUUCAGGAAAUAAACUCUUUUCAGUUUCAGCGUAUUCACGGGUUUUCUAUUCAUACUAAUGUAAGAGAUGGCAUGGCAUGAUUACCAAUGAGACAACUAUCGUAAAACUUUUAUUAAAGAUUUUAAAUCGUCUAUACUCCGCUCGCCAAGAUAUUUUACAGCUUUCUUUAAAUGUGCCUUCUGCUAAAUAUUAGACUAAUAUGCUCUUAUAUGUUUGGAAACUAUUUAUAACUUUGAAUUUAAUCUAUGCUAUGGAAUUUUGUUUGUCUGCAAUUUUAAUUCGUGAAUAUCAAAGCCGAAAACGAGUGCAAUUGUACUUUUUGUAGUUGGAGCAUUGUUUGUCACUUCAGUCUGUCUUUUAGUAAGUUUCUGUAAAUAAAUAUAUAUAUAAAGAAGGAACUAUGUGUAUGGAUUUCAAGAAAUACUGUGCAAAAAAAAUUCUUGUGGUAAAAUGAUUAUAUUAGUAUAAGAACGUCAAGUAAUACCAUUUUGACGUUACGCACAAAUUGUUAAAAUAGGAUUUCACCAUGGUCUUUUCUGACGCGCAGUAAAAUUAAACAAACAGAGUUACAAGCCUGGUGGUUAUCAAUUUAUACAGUACCCUAGUUAGGGGUCAUUCUGCAGUAAUUUCGUUUGUUUCUGAGACAGGGCCGUUUUUUACCCUUCGUGGCCCUACU